GAAGAACAAGGUAUAUAAGGGUUCCAAGACACGUCUGCUGACUAAGUAGCAGAUAACCCUUCCAGAUACCCCUUUCGUAGCUAGUACCCGUUUCGCGAUACCAAAGUGUUGUCUUCACUGUCCCUGCACAGAUGCAGGCCAUAAAGUGUGGGUGAUUUACUUACCUAGAUCCAGACUGGUCGUUUGAAGUGAGAUUGCGUUAUCGAGGGUUAUCUAUUGAUUAAGAAGGUCCGGUGUUUUAAAGGACCGGAGUCGCUGGCGAAAACACGCAUCUGACAGCAGAAACAAAGGCGAGGAACUCAGAGGAGGUGGAAAAGUGUUGCUAGAAAGUGACUAGUACUGCAAAGGUGUGAAAAUGAUGUGAAGGUCGGAACCAUUCCAUACCUUCAUAACUACUGUACCUUGUGCAGGUGUCUUGGUCUGAGGCAGUCCAGAUUAAUUUGGAGAAAGAAAAAGUGAAAACUUUACGUGGACUUCUGAUAGAAAAGUUAAAACAAUGCAAGAAGCAGACGUUGAUAGAUAUUUACGGGAGAGCAGCAAAAGCUAUAAAAAUUGCCGCAUUAAGAAUUCAGCGCGGAGAAAUUCUCUGCAGAAAAAGACUUUGGGGAUAGAGUCAGAGAAACGCUUGGCUCAGUCCGAAAUUAGCCGGGAAGAAAAGCAUCUCAGGGAGCAUCUCAAACAGAUGCAUAUAGACAAGAUGAAGAACUAUCUGGUCAAGAAAAUGAGAGACAAUUCAUUGGAACAAGAGGAAGAAUUGGAAGAUCUGGUCGACGACCACGAUGACGUCACAGAUCCCUAUGACCCCAACACGUACAGGUUAACUCCCCUUCUUUACAGUCCGCCACAGAAAAGAAGAGACGACCAUGAAACAAAAGGACGCCUGUAUGCUCAGCGAAGAGGGCGGCGCCAGUCUAAAGAGUUCGAAGACUUGAACAUGGACACAAGAACGGGGUCGUUAAAACAGCCAUUCAAUGUCGCCAAAAGAGUCCUCUCGUCGCACUCACGUGUCAAAUCCAGUAGUUUGGACAAAAUAUCGUCCCCCAGGCUACAGAGAAGCUCAACAAGCUUGGGGGGCUCAAGGACCCGGCUAAAGUCUAGUGACCAUAGUGACGGUUCCUCUUCGUCCGCCAUUUCUUCGCUAGAGGACCUCCAUUGGAUUGGGGACCCGGAAGCCACGAAAUCCGUGCGCAGGAACCGGAAGAGUAGCGAGGAGCAGCACUUGGAGUAUGAACUGAAGAGAAUUGCUAGUUCAAAAAGACAAGUCACAAAAAAGAAUUCAAAAUAAUGUUAUAUGAUAUUUAGUUUUAUGUUUUAUUCAUUUAUUUACAUGUACAUGCUUAAUUAACAAUGAAACACGGUGUCCAAAUAAAAACAAUGUGUACCAUUUAUAGCAAUAAUGAGCAAUGAUUUCGAGUUAUUAAUAAAGUGUACAAAUGUUUUCUUCCAAA